AUGGAGAUUGAACAGGAACUGGUCGACGUUGUCAUAGUCGGUACGGGGUUGGGAGGCCUCGCGGCGGCAAAGACAUACCUCGAGCUAUCCCCCCAAACAAACCUCAUCCUAAUUGACAAGGUACCGUCAAACCAGCCCGCAAUUUGUUUUGAAAUUAAUGAAAUUGACCUCGAUCAGCGAGCAACACUAGGCGGAGUCUGGGCUCAAGAAAACUGCUAUGAGGGUCUCAAGACUAAUAACCUCCAUGGCUCGUAUGAGUUCUCUGAUUUUCCCAUGGAUGAAAAAAAAUACGGCGUCCGCGACGGUGAACAUAUCCCCUGCGCUACUAUGCACAGAUAUUUCUGCGAUUUUGCAGACCACUUUGAUAUUCGCCGACGAGUCAGAUUCAACACCAAUGUGCUCGAGAUAGAGCAGCUAGAGGAUGGCUGGAUGCUGAUUACAGAGACGAAACACAACGCGCAACAACGACGCGCAGCCUAUAGAUGCAAGAAACUGAUCAUUGCUAGUGGUUUAGCGUCCACUCCGAGGCCUAUCUCAAUUGCUGGACAGCAGGACUUUGAUAGGCCCGUGAUCAGCCACGCUCGACUGCUAGAUAAGGGGGCGGAGCUAGCAUCGGAUCCCAAGAUUGAGUCUGUGACUGUAGUUGGAGCAUCGAAGUCCGGAUAUGACGCAGUGUAUUUGAUGGCAUCCCAUGGGAAGAAGGUUCAGUGGGUAGUUCGCAAGUCUGGAGGUGGCGCGGUGUGGAUGAUGCAGCCCUGGGUCAAUAUAACUUGGAUGCGAGCGAAGCUAGAGAGCUUGGCGACAACUCGGUUUUACUCCUGGUUUAGUCCUUGUAUCUGGGGUGACAAUGAUGGCUUUGGCUGGAUCAGACGUAUCCUGCACGGGACUAGAGUGGGUCGGUUCCUGGUGCAUCAUUUUUGGGAGAAGAUGAGGAUGGACGCGAUAGAAGUGAACGGUUACAGAAAGGAAGCAUCAAUCAAACAUUUGGAGCCCACAGAAAGCUUAUUCUGGAACGCCCGCAUUGGCAUCCUGAAUUACUCUUCUGAUAUUCACGACUACAUCCGUACCGGACAGGUACAAAUUCUCAAACAGGACGUAGACCAUCUAUCUAGUUCUGGAAAUAUCCAUUUCGCCGACGAAUUGAUCAUCCAAACGGAUGCGUUGAUCGAAAUCACAGGCUGGAGUCUGGCUCCAACAAUGAAAUACAAGCCAGAUGGAUUGGACGCUUCCCUCGGCCUCCCAGUAGCGGCCAGCAAGCUUACCACCGAGCAAGAAACUCUCUGGAGAUACCUCGACCAGGAUGCAGAAGAUACCAUCAUCAGCAAGUUCCCUUACCUUAGUGGCCCGCCCGCUUCCAAGCUGCCAUACAAGCCAAAUAUCACUCCAUUGAGGUUAUACCGUGGAAUUGCCCCACCGAACCUUACAGCGAAAUCGACUCACUCACUCGCCUAUGUCAAGAUGUUUCACAGUACGGCCAAUAUGCUUGUUGCCGAGGUUCAAUCUUUGUGGGUAUAUGCCUAUCUCAAUGACAAGAUCACGAUCCCGACGGAGAAUGUAUACGAGCAAACUGCACUACUGAGUCGAUUUGGGAAACUUCGUUAUCCGUGGGGGUUUUCUGCUUGGUUUCCUGAGACGAUUUUUGAUUCGAUUCCGUAUGUGGAUCUGUUACUGAGGGAUCUGGGCUUGAGAUACUGGAGGAAGUCAGGAGUGCGAAGAGAGAUGUUUGAAUGUUAUACCAGCCGCGAUUAUCGAGGGAUAAAUUUAGAAUGGAUGAAGAAACUUGGAGAGAAGAGUGGAAGGAACUGA